UGAGGGUGAUUUUGGUAGGGUUGUGUGAGGGAGGGAUAGGUAUAGAUAGAUAGAUAUUGCGGACUUCGCAAGGUUUAUCUAGAGGUGAAAAAAGAGGGAUUUGUUAUCGAAGACUUUUAUACGCGCUGAGAAUCCUAGGCUGAGAACGAAGGGGGAAUACACAAUUGAGGUUUGAGUCUUUUGGAUUUGAGUUUAUAAGUCUUUGGAAUUUGUUAGACGAUACGGCAGAUAAGAAGCUAGAGGAAUAUAAGAAAGGCCAGAGGAAAUAAGAAGGAAUUGGCUUGGAAUCAUUUUGUCUGCCCAUUUCGACAAACAUCAAUACCCUACCCCCAAUUAUCCACCAUACCACACUUCACAAAAAUGGUUUCAACACUUUCCUCCUCCUCAAUCGGAAUCCGCCAACGCUCCGUCCUGAAUCGAAACCACACCAAAUACCACUGGCCAGCCGGUCAACUAAAUUUCUGGAUUUUCUUCAUGCUAAUAGCAUCCUCCACCAUCCUCGGAAUAUCCGCCUACUUCCUCUCGGUCCAAAACCAAUUACAUCUGGGCGUCCCCUGGUAUUUCCCCUACUGGAUAGUAUCUGCCGCUCUCGGAGUCCUCUUCAUAAUAGCCAUGCUAUGGUUAAUAUCGCAACGACAAUUAUUACCCGGAAUCGUCAUCCUGGGCACUUUCAUCCUGUUUGUGUUAUGGUUGGUUGGACUGAUCGUGUGGAGUAUCGAACUUUGGGGUCCGUCGGGUAGCGUUAAUGGGAAUUGUAAUUUGUAUGUUACGGCGAAUCCGCAGACGGGUGCCAGUACAGCGACGUUGGCGUGGUUGUUGCAGCAUAGUAUUUGUCAGAGUUGGAUUGCGGCGUGGGCGUUUAUGUUGAUUGGGGUUAUAUUUUUGUUUUGGAUGUUGAUUAUGAGUUAUCAGGUUUAUAGGAUGGAUAAUUGAUAGGUGGGGAGGUAGGAAAGUGGGGAAAGGAGAUGAGGGUUUGAAUAAGGGAUGAUAGAUUUUGGAGGGUUGGCUUAAUGGAUUGGGAAUGGAUGGGACUUGGGAUUGGGUUUGGAAAUCCAUGGAUGGAUGGAUGGAUCUAUCAUUAUGGGAGGGACAUGGAUGAUAUGUAUGAGGUAUUAUUUAUCAACGCGAAAGAUGAGAAACGAGAAAUGCAUCACAUGUGGCGUUUUGGGAAUUAGGAAUUAGCAAUGACAUGGAAUUAUUUA